AUGGCCUCGUCAGGCAUACACAAUACCCUCAAGCAAUGGCGGCUUCCAGUCAGCUCGAGCAGGAAACUAUCCACAGUUUCCUCCACCGCCCGUCUCCCUGUGUCGCGCCGUGCCAUGCUCUAUGUGCCUGGAUCGAAUCCUCGAAUGCUCGAAAAGUCUUUAUCAAGCCCCGCUGAUUCCAUAGCUUAUGACCUCGAGGAUUCCGUCAGCCCAGGAAAGAAGGCUGAAGCGAGAAAGCUGAUAUCAGACUUGCUCAAUGGUAAGAGAAGACCAAGAGGCGAGGUUGUUGCUCGUGUAAAUGCGAUUGGCACUGGCUACGAGGAAGAAGAUCUCGACGCCGUGCUCAGAACGAGACACUUAGAAGCCAUUGCUCUGCCAAAGACCGACUGCCCGGACCAUAUCGAAUACGUGAUCUCUCGCAUCAACGCUCUCUCCGAGCCACACAAGCGAUCAGGCCAGCCGGGAGCUAUCAAAAUCAUAGCAAUGAUUGAGAAUGCUAGGGCAAUGAUGGCAAUCGAAUCUAUCGCGCAGAGUGGAAAGGGGCACCUGGAUGCUCUCUUAUUUGCUGCUGAAGAUUACUGCGCUGACGUCGGGUUGACGCGUACACCAACCCGUGAAGAGCUCCUGUACCCUCGAUCAAAACUUGUAACCACCGCCAAAGCAUUCGGCCUACAGGCCAUCGAUCUGGUCUGUGUCAAUUACAAGGACAAGAUUGUAUUGGCCGACGAGUCGGAGGAGGGCAAGAGACUUGGUUUUGACGGCAAGCAAGCCAUACAUCCCGAACAGAUUGACAUCAUCCACAGUUCCUUCGCACCAAGCGAGAAAGCUAUCCUCAAAGCUGCUCGCGUCAAAUUCUCUUUCGAACACCACGACAAUCUCGGCAAAGGUGCAUACACCCUUGACGGUGUCAUGAUCGAUGCUCCAGUAUACAAGCAAGCUAUUAAGUUGUUGGCCAAGGCAGAGGCAGCAGGCCUGAGCCUUCCGCGCGUAACACUGGAUGACAUCUGA